GUCAAGUGGUAAGCCCUCAGGGUCUCCGCCCCGUGGUGUGAGACCAGAUCACAGCCUCACACCCACCGAAGCUGAGUCAGAGGUGACUCCAAGCCAAGCAGCGAUGCUGGAGGAGUUGGCAUCUUUGCAGAGGCAGCAGGCCUUGUUGGAGGAGCUCAUGCAGCUGCAGGAGCUAAAGGAUUUUGAGAAGGCACUGCAAGAGGAAGAGGAUCAGCUAGAGCAGGCCUUACGGAGGUCUGCUUUGGAAGCGGAGGAACAGGAGCUUGCGAAGCGCAAACGCUGCAUGGAACCUGACGAAGCCCAAGCAGCCCCAGCGAAAAUCCCAAAGGCGACGCCCCUGAAUGAGGCCAUCUGUGAAGCAAAGCUCCUUGAAGCUGAACGGGCCACAGCAGCAAUGGCUGUUGAUGAGGGGGUGGUUUGCUUCAUGGUUGCAGUGGAUGUCACAUGUCCUGAUGUGGUGGACACCCUGCCCCAGGAGCUGUUCUUUGACGAGCCGCAUGUGGGAGCAACUUUGGCGAUAGACGAUGACAUGGCUGUUGAUUUGCCGGGGACGUGUCGAAGGCUUGAGGUGCCUGUGGGAAGGCUCGAGGUGCCUGGGGCAAAUGAUGCUACGGAGGAGAAGGCUGACAAGGCCUCCAGUGUAUCCCUGAGAAUUGAACCGGUAUCCGAUUCUGAGGGGAAGGAGGAGCUACCGCAAGAGGAUGUGAUGAUCGAUUGUAAGGAUGGGAAGCUAGAGGUUGCAAAGGUUUGCGAGGAGCCUCCAAAGGUUGCAAGCCCCGGCAAGGCUACUGUCUUUUAUGAUCGUUUGCCUCCCUGCCCACUCCAGAUGGAGCAUAAGCCCACAACACCAAAGGAGCAGCGAGAAGAGGAAGAACAGGAGGAAGAGGAAGAACAGGAGGAACAGGAGGAACAGGAAGAACAGGAGGAACAGGAGGAACAGGAGGAACAGGAGGAACAGGAGGAACAGGAGGGUGAUGAGAAAGAUGAUGCAGAGAGCAAGCCGGCAACAGGGGGUGUUCGCAAGGCGCCUAAGGUCAAAGCGGUGCCUAAGAAGGCAGUGGCCAAAGGGAAGUGCAAAGCCAAGGCCAUGGCAAAGGUGACAGCCAAAGCAAAGGCGACCCCAAAAGCAAAGAGCAAGCCAGAGGGGAAGGAGCACAAGGCAGCCAAGAAGGGGAAAGCAGCCAAGGAGGAGGAGAAGGAGAUCCCCAGCAACAAGCGCAAAAAGAACGACCCAACACCGAAGGUGGCCGCGAAACCCAGCAAGACCAAAUCGGCUGGCAACAACAGUGCUGGUGAUGCUGCUGUCGAUGAAAAGAAAGCAGAGAAAUCCCGGAAGUCUGUUGCUUAUCAUCGUGCUGUGAAGGAAGCCACGCAGUCUGGUAUGUCAGAGGCAAAAGCAAAAGAGGCAGGAAAGAAGGCUUACGCAGUGCUGUCUCUCAGAUGGAUGAGCAACCUGUCUUUCGAUGAACGGUACACGCUGUUCGAAGUGUUCUCUGGGGUGGGCAAUGUGUCUGCUGUCUGGAAGGAACAUGGCCACACUGUCGCUUCGUACGAUCGCCUCUACGACAAGUCUAUGGACUUUGUGUCAAGUGCUGGCUUUGGGUACAUCGACAAAGCCGGGAAGAAACGUUUUGUGGGGAACCGACAGGAGCUGAAAAGCUCUGGGAUCUAUACCGAGACCUUUGGUGAGAACCUCCUCAAGGCUUUCCAAGAGUGGCGCAAGUUGCCUCCUGGUGACCGUGCGGACAUCCGUAACCGUAGGGCCGUAGACCUGGGCAACAGUGACAAGGAGAUCUUUGCUUCUUUACCUACUGGGGAUCUUUGGCUGGAUUCUCGUGUCCAUGAGACGUUCCUUUACCUCUAUGGGUCGAAGAACUGCCAGAUACCUGACAGCUGGGCUGGUGUCAUGGAGAGCUUCAAAGAAGAUGUUGUCCAGAAAGCCUGUGGUGAUGAGUGCCUCCGCUCUGAGCUGCGAGAAUUGUCUGAGCAAGCUUGCUCCUAG